AUGGGAAAUUGUUUGAAGCAUCAAUCAUCAACAAAAUGGGCCGGCGACGACUGGCGAACGCAUGCUGCCAACGACGACGACGACGAAGGGUUUUUCGCUAGACGUGACACCUUUGAAUAUAAGGGUAUGAUGAACAUAGAAGAAAAGGGCCUUCUCGGAAGCCAUCAAAAUGGUUUUACAACAUCUUCAGCUACUGCAACCCAUGAAGUUAAAGUUAAGAUAACAAAGAAGCAGUUGGAGGAGUUAUUAGGUAGGGUUGAUGUAAAAGAGUUAUCAGUGCAACAGGUUUUGGCACAGUUGAUCAAUGUUAGUAACCAAUAUGAAGCAAAUCAACGGUCCUGGAGGCCUGCACUGCAAAGCAUUCCUGAGUGGCCUUUCAAACAUUUCUUAGCUAUUCAACCACCAAAGAUCGUGACAAAGACAUCACCAAAAUGA